UGAGAAGCGUCUCCGAACAUGAGCUCUCUGGUAAGAUGAAGAUAAGAGCUGAAUGGGGCAGCUCUUGGGAUAUAGGAAUCUCCAAAAAUCCGAGAUUCUACUUCAUGGAGAAAUCGGGAUGGGAGAAGUUUGUAAGGGAAAAUUAUCUUGAAGAAGAUAAUUUCCUUACAUUUACCCAUAAAGGCAACAUGGGUUUCAAUGUAAAGAUCUUCAAGAAAGAUGGCUUGGAGAUCAUCAGUCCUCCACAAUCCAUGGAUCUUCAAGAAAGAUGGCUUGGAGAUCAUCAGUCCUCCACAAUCCAUGGCUUUCUUUGCUUCUUCAAGUCAGGUUAAGAGAGAAGGAGGUGAGGUUGUGUCUCCUGAUCUUGGCCCGACAGCAACUGAAACUAAUAGAGAAGGAAAAUUCAAGAGGAAGGUUAACUCUGGGAAGAAGAAAAUUAAAGAAUCAGAAAGUUCCCCGUUGAUCAAGGAAGCGUUUAGUGCCCGGAGAGAUUGUGCAGGCGCUUCUUCCUCUUCUAGUGCAGAAUUUACCGUCUUCAUCAAGGGAUCACACCUCAAAAUACUGAAGAUCUCGGUAUCUGCUUCAAGGAAUCUUUUGCCGAAGGAGAGAACUACGUUUAAAAUACAUCACCCAGACAUGAAGAAGUCAUGGAAUGUGGUUUACAUUCCGAGGCAUGAACAGGGUUUAUCUGGAUACUUCUCUAGUGGAUGGAGAAUUUUAGUGCAGGAGUAUCCUGUCUUGGUUGGGGAAGCUUGCAAGUUUACGUUCCUUAAACCGACCGAGCUGCUUCUCAUUGUCUCCAAACGCGCAAAGGAGACUCACUAAUGACAUGUGAGAUUGUUUUGGAAAAGUUUUAUGUAAUGACUUAGCUACUGAGUAU